AUGAAUUUGAAUGGAAAUUAAUUUAAUCUUUUUCAUACUAGACACAUUAAUCAUUCAAUUCAUGAAUAAUUUGAUCGAUAUUUAAAUAUACAAAUUCCACCAUAUUAGGCUGUUUAAUAGGUGUUUUAGGAGUUAAAUAAGAUAAAUGAAAUUAUUUAGCUUGUAAUCAAAAUUAGAAAAGACAUCAUUUAUACUUAGUAUAAAGAAUCAAACACAAAUGACACAUGUUCAAUGUUUGGAACGUAUUAAAAUCUAUAAAACUAUCUUGGUAAAUAUUUUGAAAUAGAAAUGAAACCGUAAUAUAGGAAAUAUUAGUUAACUAAAUAUGGAAUCAUCGAUUUAUUAGUUUUUAGUUUUUUACAUAAAAGCAGAAGUUUUCAUAGAGUAAUAACAAAAGGAAUAGCUCCUUAAAUAUCAUGUUUGUAUAGUUGGUAUUAGGAAUUUAUUGCAGAAUUUGAAAUCAACAACAAUAUUGAUCCCAAUUAUCUGCCAAGGAAGGAGAAAAGAGUUUAAAUAUAGAAAAACAAAUAGCAAAAAAGUAACCCUGAACUGAUAGAAUCCAUUAAGGAUGACAAACUUAUUAUUUUUAAAGAUUUAAUUGAGAAUGGCGCUUCAAUUUAUACUGUAUCUUUAAGAGAUAAGGAGAAAAUGCUUGUUCCUCAUUUAGUGUGUGCAUUUGCAAGAUUAAAUUAUGCAUAAUAUUUAUAAAGUAAAAAUGUGGAUUGGGAAUGUGAAGAUGAUGACAGAAUGACUGCCUUUAUUUAGUAUGCUAUCAGAAGUGAAUCUAAAGAAAUGAUUGAAUAUCUACUUAAUCUAAAAAUAGAACUCCAUUUUAUUAUGCUUGUUCAUUAGGAUAAUUAUGUUAUUAUUAGGUUCCUUGUAGAAAGAGGAGCUAAUAUAAAUGCUAGAACUGCUUUGGGAAGAACUCCAUUUUCAAAGGCAAGCUUUUUAGGAUUGUAUAAUGUGAUUGAAUUUCUUCUUCAAUAACCAAACAUAGACUUUAAUUAUGCGGAUAAGCAAGGAAGAAAUGCCUUACACAAUGCAGUUGGCACUUGGUGUUAUGAUAGUCCUUUGAUUGCUUAAUUAUUACUUGAACAUGGAAUGGAUGUGGAAGCAAAAGACAAAGAUGAAAAUACUCCAUUACAUGUGGCAGCAUCAAGUGAAGCUUUAAGUUCCAUUCCUGUUUUAAUAGCUUUUGGGUGCGAUAUCAAUAGAAGAAAUAAAUGGGGAGAAACUGCUUUAAUUAUAGCAGCAAAAUUUAAUCAUCAUGAAACUGCUAAAUUAUUAAUUUAAAAUGAAGCCGAUUAUUUCUUUGAAAAUGAGGGAUAUACAGCAAUGGAAAUUGCUGCAAAAAAUGAUUAAUUUGAAAUAAAAUGA